AUGAUCGCCUUAAAUUUUUAAUACCCGGAGUCUGUCAUUCACUUUUGCGACCACUCCCCAUCAAGAUUUCGAUGUAAAUUUCCUUUGGACUCAAAAAAGCUAAAUUUUCUAGGUGCUCCCGGAUACUAAAAAAAAAACAUCCACUUCUCUUCCACCUCUUCUAUUCCCUCUUUUGAUUUUGGACUCCUUUAAUGA